UGCCAGCGCGGAACCGUUGGUGUUUGAAUCGUCCUCUGUAAAACAGCGGCAGAUGACAGCAGCUUGUUGCUCUCAGCUCGACAACAUCGCUAGUAAAGUAAAGUUUAGUGAGCUCAGCUAACUUCAACAUCAACCCCGAACACAAGCUUCAGCUUUGACUGCUUAUCGUCGACUGAAAGAUGUCAAAAAAACAGAUUUACUAUUCUGACAAGUACACCGACGAGGAGUUCGAGUACAGGCAUGUGGUGCUUCCAAAGCAGCUGUCUAAACUGGUGCCCAACUCCCACCUGAUGGCGGAAGACGAGUGGAGGGGACUGGGGGUGCAACAGAGCCAGGGCUGGAUUCACUACAUGAUCCACAAACCAGAGCCACACAUACUGCUUUUCAGAAGACCUCUCCCAAAGGAUUAAAUGGAAACCAUCUGUAAAACGCCUGCUUUCUCCUUCAUUGAUUUGUAUCAUCUUGAACCAUACAUCUCUCCGACAUCCAUAUCUACAUAUGUUCUGAUGUAUUGUGUAGAAAACCCUUAGUUGUAUUGUGUAUGUUGUGCUUUCAAACUCCCUCAAUUUUUUAGAGGUAAUGAGAGGCAAACUGCUUGAUUCCACUGUGACCUUAUAGACAAUAUGAAGGUGAAAGUUUGCCUUUCAGUUGUACAUUUUAACACAUUUUUUAAAUGUCUUUUGAUGCCAUUUUGUUAUGAUUGAUUUAUUUACUGAGUAUCAUAACAGGCAUAGGGUUCUUUUCUUUCUCUCAAACCUAUUAUUUUCCCCAAAAGAGCUCUCUCUCUGUUUUCCUGUUCUUCUAAAUGUAUGUUUGUAUGUUGUGUACAUAUUAUUAUUUCUAGAUAUUAUAAAUGUUGAUUGAGUCAUUGUUGAUUCAACAUGGUCUUUGUUGCUGAAAGAACAAAAUUAAAUGUACUUCUCCACA